GGCCCCGCCAUAUUUGCUAAGGGCGGGGAAAGGGGCGGGGCGACGAGGCCAGAAGCAUGAGUGGGCGGAACCAAAACAGAGCUGGGGGGGCGGGGGAGGAACCCUGCGGGCUGUACCAAGAAUCUCGGGAACGGGGUGCGUGUGCAGGGCUUGCUAUAGCCGGGCAGUGGGAGGUGCGAAGCCCCCGCGAGCCCAGUGUGGGCAAGGGCAGGGUCUGCGGUUGCCCCUCGGCCUGGGCCCCACCAAGGAAGGGUGCAGGGGCCCCAGACACAUGAGCAGCUACUUCAAGGCAGCCCUAGCCUGGGGUAGAUCAGCUGCUACAUCCUGUGGCAUUGCAUGAGGUCCGCCAGGCUGUGCUGACCUGCCCUGCAGCCUUCGCUGUAAGGCAGCCGCCAGGAGCUCUGCUGUUCAGGGUGCCCCCUGCCCCAAGCACGCACCCCGCCAGCCAGGGAACCCGCCUCAGCCUUGCAGGUGGCAUCAAAUGAACCAGGCUCCCUCCUGGCCACCAAAGCAGGGCAGGUACUGGCCACCUCUAGUGGGAGGCCUGACAGUUCUUUGUACCUGGAGGUAGAUGGGGCCAAGAGGUGGCAGCUCAUGUUGCAGCCAGGGUGACUGGGGGCUUUUAUUUCAUCUGGAGAAACACAAGAAAAGCCAAAGCGAGUUCCUCUGAACGGUACCCCCGUUUCUGAGGUGAUUAGCAAUCAGGCAACGUUUCCAAAGCAGCCGUGUGCAGCAGAGAAUACGCAGGCCGACUCACUGCUGCAUGGCGAGGACACAGGCCCCUCAAUCCGCUUGAUGCAACUUACUGACUCCCAGCCCUGUGCCUGUGCGUGUGGACGAGUUUUAUACAGUUUAGGUUUGGAUUUCUGUUUUCGUGCCCAUGUCUCUGAGAAAUCAAUCUCUUGGCCAGUUGAGUAGGCGGCAAGGAAACUGAGCCAUGACUGGUGACCAUUGUUCUUUCCAAGGGUCACUUUAUUAGCAUUGGGUGUGAUCACUGGCCUGUGCACCUCAGUCCCCUUGAAGCUGUCCCUCACAAUCCGCUUCUCUCAUGCAUAUCAUUGCAGAUUUAGACUGAACUGCUUCUGGGAUCAGAGUAUCUGUGAGGAGGCAGGUAGUGGCUGACCCAACACAGCAAAAAGUGGUGAGGAGUAUUCAGAACUCCCCAACGAUUGUACAGAAGGCAUCUGCUCCCAAGAUGUUUUUCUCACACCUGAAGAGGGGUCUUGUGUGCCCAAAAACUUGUCUAGGAUUUCUCCCAGCUAUAGAAUUGGUCCACUACAAGAGCACUACCAAACACAUCUUGCUUCUUCUAUGUUCCCUGGACCCUACAACAGCACUACAGGUCUGCUUCGCAGCACAGGCUGCUGUAAGCACAUCACACUUGCACUCCACUCACUUUUCAGAGUCUUUCAGCAACAUUUUUCCUGGUAUCUUCCUCCCACUGGGUACCUGUAUCAGAAAUUGAAUUAUAUCCUACAUUGCCUCUUCUACUUUGGUAGUAGCUUGUAUGCUCCCAGUUUAAUCUGACUCACAUUCUGUGUAUAAACUUGAUGAAGUCAGUGAUGUUAAUAUCAGGCAUGAGUUUUAACUUGGGCUUCUAAUCUUCCUAGAACCCUUUUCCCACCCCUCUGCCUUUAUUCAUAAGUACAGAUCAGAUGGUGAAAUUGAGGGUGUCCCUUUAAGGAGGUAUUUGCCCUGAAUGGUCACAGCUGAAGGAAAGAAAAGGGAGACUGCAUAAAAGGUUGUUGGGAGAAGAUGCUGCUUCCUGUAGAGUUGGUGAAAAACAUCUCAAGUGGUAAACAAACAAGCAAGUGCAUAGAAAAUAAGUGAUACAUGUGAAAUGGAGGACAGGAGAUGUGAUUGGAGUGUUACUAAGGUCUCUCUGGAAGAGCUCCUGAGAUGUUAUAAACAGCCUAUAAGUGAGGAGCAAGCUUGGGCCAUUUGCUUUCAGUGCUGCUGUAAAAUGAAGCAGUUGGCUCAAGGGCUUCAUCCAUGGUCUCCUACUGUAGUUAUAAAAGGCCCUGGAAGCAUCCUCAUCCAUUCCAAUGGCAAUGUUUCCUUCUUGCUGUGCUCUAAAUCUGAUGUUCAAAAGACACAACAAUCAGAGGACAAGCUGCUGGAGUGUCUGGGAAUGGUGAUCUAUAAUGCCCUGGACUGGGGCAUUGACAGCCAUAUGGAGCGAGAGCUGAGCAAACCCCUGGAAAACCUGAUUUCCCUCAUGCUGAAACUAGAUGUUGAAGCAACAACACCAGCAAUCGGUCUUCAGGAUGUCAUUAAGAUCUGUGAGGAGCAUGUGUCCUUGCCCUCGGAGGCCUCCAGCCAUUACAGAACAAUCUCUAGGGCUCUCUUUGCUGACUACAUGGAUUUUCAGCAACUCACAUUUACCAUCCAGAACUCCAAAGAGAGUCUGAAAAGAAUGGAUGUGGUAGCUUUGCUGGAAAAUCCUUCCCAGAAGAAGGCAAAUUGCUGGGCUGCCUUGUGGCACGAUGUUGUCAGUGAACUGCAGAAGGGAGUGAAGCUGCGCAAGGCCACAGAACAGCCACAGCAUAACAGUCCUCGAAAAGCGUCUGCCCGCUCCCCCUUUGAGAUGCUGGCAGAUGACAUCCGACACAAAAGGCAUACUCUCCAGAAGGUGAAGAUCAACAGUGAGCAAAAGAUCAGGAGCUCUGAAGAAAACAUAAUCCCUCUAAAGCUGCCUUUAAAGCCAGUGGUAGAGAGAAAACUGAAGGACCAUUUCCCGCAGGAACCUAGUCAGCAUGAGCUGCUCAUGAUGGAAAUAAAACAGCCACACCAGCUUCGGCCAUCUCCCACAGCAAGAAAUGGAAGUAGGCCCAAAGAUGCUUCUGUGACACUAAACAUCUUUAAUUCUCCUUGUGACAGUGGUUUAUCUGUUCAAAAUGCCAGUACCGGACUUCAUGCUCACAAAGCUGAAAACUGGCUGCUGGGUUCUGACCUGCUGGGCCAAGAAUUUCAGGAAGGAGGUUGGCCAUUGGAAAAUGCCCAGAGAGUGACCUCAGAAAGGUCAUCUUCACAGAAUUGCAACAGCAGAGGUUUCUCUGCAGACUGCAAGUUUACUCCCACAGGAAUUUCAGUGCCAAGUGACCUUAACACACACAGCUUUCUGAAUCCAAACCAUCAGCAACCUUCCUGCCAAAGGAGAUCGAUGUCUAUAGGGAGUGCCCUGAAAAGCAAGGAGCAUGAGAGAGAGAAUUCUACAAAGUGGCCAUUGCCAACUAUUACUGAUCUGAUUGGAACCCGAUAUGCCAUGAUGGCAUCUGAAAUGGAGAUUGCUUUCCAAAGAUAUGGUUGCAGUAUAUCUUCAAGAGCCAAGGUCUGUUUCAGUUGCCAUAAGCAGAUGUUCUUUAAAUGGCCUUACAGCUGUCAUCUCUGUAGCAGUGUUAUCUGCUGUGACUGCUGCAUCAAGAUGUCAAUGCCCUUCAGACAGUGUGUACAUCUCCCACUCGGCUUCCUAAAACCACUAAGUGUCUCCAAACAUGAGGACCCAGCUGUGCAAGAAGAGAGAACCUCCCAAAUGUUGUAUGAAGUAGAACAUUGGAGCUGUCCUAGAGUACCACUUGUGUUUGAACCUUGGUGCACAGCACAGCAUCUUACCCGUCGCAAGACCACCAUGGUGGACUGGCCUUCUAUGGACAUCUGUACCAAAUGUGAGCGGUACCUGUUGCAUGUCACUUCCUGUCAGCAGCAGUGUACCCCUCCCAGGAAAAGAUCCUGGUCAUGGGCUGCACUGGAAUGAUUCUGUCAUGUGCAUCUCCUCUCCUCUCCAAUUUUUUUUUUUUUUUUUUUUUGUUCUGUACCUUGUGACAAUGUAAAAACAAACAACCCUCCCCCCCCACCGCCCCCUCCCCCCAAAAAAACCCAACAACUUUGUGUCCGUUAACAUAACAUCCUGAAUAAAAGUCUCCCUCCUAGUUAGUCUAACCAGGAGGCAGAGUUACUAUUUACUUCUAAUGAA